AUGUCGCUCCCUUUUGUCCUCGUGGUGGGCGCUGGUCCCAGCGGCCUGCUCUUGGCCUUAAUGCUCGGCCAGCAAGGAAUCCCCGUGCGUUUGCUCGAAGCCGCUGACGCCCUCGACGACCGUCCCCGAGCCACCCACUGUGCGCCCGCCGCGGUGCAGGAGCUUCGUCGCGCGGGAAUUCUAGAAGAGAUGAAAGCCGAAGGAUCUUUCAUCCCGAACGGAGCGUGCUGGCGCAAGCUCAACGGCGAAAUUCUGGCCGGGUUACCGCAGUCCACGGACCCGGAUCAGAAUCCGACCCCAUUGACCUGCUUGCCGCUGAACCAAUUGAACAUGGUCCUUCAACGGAAUAUCGCGAAAUUGCCGCAAGUGGAGCUCCUCUACUCGCACAAGGUGACAGGCCUGGGCCAGGACGAUACCACUGCCUGGGUGCACGUAGACACGCCCGACGGAGCGAAGACGCUGGAGGCACGGUACAUCGUGGGAUGCGACGGCGCCAACAGCCAGAUUCGCCGCUCUUUGUUCAGGGACUGGGAGUUUCCCGGGUUCACUUGGGAUAAGCAGAUCGUUGCAACCAAUACAUACUACCCCUUCGAGAAGCAUGGGUUCGACUGGGAUUCCAACUUCAUCAUCGACCCCGAGCAUUGGUUCAUGGCUGCCCGGAUUUCGAACGAUGGCCUCUGGCGCGUGACCUACGGAGAGGUCGGUGGACUCAGCGUGGAGGAGCUUCAGGCUCGGCAGCCGGCUAAGUUCAAGGCCUUCCUGCCCGGCCACCCCGAGCCGAGCGACUACAAGAUCGUGAACUUCAGUCCUUACAAGGUGCACCAGCGAUUGGCCAAGAAGAUGCGAGUCGGUCGCUUCCUUCUGGCUGCAGAUGCUGCACACCUAUGUAAUCCCUUUGGUGGCCUUGGUCUCACGUGUGGAAUCGUGGACGUGGGAGGACUCUUCGACUGUCUCGCCGGCAUCUAUUCCGGCCAGGCGGAUGAAGAUAUACUGGACAUCUAUGACAGCGUUCGGCGGUCCAAGUACAACACCAUCGUGAAUCCGACGUCCAGCGGGAAUAUCCGGUUGCUGUUCGAGCAGAACCCAGAGACAGCACUCCAGGAUUCAGACUUUCUCCGGGCAUGCAAGGCGGCCGAGACGGAUCCGGCUGUGACGGAGAAACUCGCGAAGGCGGCGGAGCGGCUACAGUACGACUUCACUCAGCACUAUCGCGCCUAG